AUGACGUCACUCCCACGCCGCGCACUAACGGUCAGCAACCGCCAACCACCCGCAGCUAACAGGCUUGGCGCGUGCAACACCCCCAUUGGCCGAGCUCGACCAGGCGUGGGCGCAGGCGCGGGCGCCACAACCCUAUUGGCCAAGCUCGAGGGCGCGCAGGCGCAGGCUCGGCCGCAGCAACCCCAUUGGCUGAGGGCAGCGGGAGCGGCGUGCCGCGUGCGGGCGCCUAGGGCGGCGGAGACGAACGGCCGGGCCAUGCUCCACCUCGCGGGCAAGCUGGUGGCCUUCUUCUGGAGGAGGGCGGAAGAACCCGAGGAGGAGGCCGGGCCGCCGGGGCCCAAGCUCGCAGAAGGUGACACCAAGUUGAAAACUGUCCAGGGUGUCGUGACAAGGUACUGCGGCGAUUAUGGCAUGAUUGAUGAUUUGAUCUACUUCUCCAAUGAGGCUUUGACGAGCAAAGUGCUUCUAAAUGUUGGACAGGAAGUUAUUGCGGUCGUGGAAGAAAAUAAGGUGUCGAAUGGACUGAAAGCAAUCCGGGUAAGAUUUUUGCCUCUGUUCAUAAGGGGGUCUUGGCCAGAGGUUUGCUUUCCUUGGAGUCCUCAGUAUGUCUUAAGUAGCAGUUUGCCUGUCUUGCAGGUGGAAGCCGUCUCAGAUAAAUGGGAAGACAACAGCAAGAGGCACGGCAGAGGGCUGUCCGACUCCAGCCCCCGAGUGCUGGUCGGCUGCGUGACCUCGCUGAUGGACGGCGCCGGCUACAUCAACCAGACCACGUACUUCUCCCUGGAGAGUGUGUGUGAAGGUUUCAAGCCUUGCAAGGGGGACUGGGUGGAGGCCGAGUACUGGAUCCGGCCGGGCACGUGGAGCAGUGAGGCCAUCUCGGUGAAGCCACUGAGGUACAAGCGCGUGGACCGGGUAGGUGCUGAGCCUCGAGCGGCCCGGGGUCCUGAGUGCGAUGGGAGGUCAGGAUAAAUGAGGGUCCGUCUCGGGCAGAGAAGACCCUGAUGUCUUACCGAGGUCACCGGCGGCCAGCCUGCACACUCACAUAGUUAAAUUCUAGGUCACGAAGGGACGAGGAGUGUUAAAGCGUCUGAUGGUGGGGAUGCGUGGAGUGGGGUGUGGGCUCUGCCCUCGCUCGUAGCAACGGCUGUGGUCUGGGGAGUGGGGACUGGAACAGAGGAGAGAAUUGAGGUUGCGGGUGGAGGUGUGCUCUGGG